AUGUUCGCUAAUAAACCGUUCGCAAAUGCUUCAUCAAUAUACCACGUCACGGCUGCUGUCGACAUUCACAUGGGGCCCGCAACUCUUAAGGCGUUAAGCACACAAUUCAGAUUCAGAUCUUUCAAGUUCGCAGAUCCACGCUCAGACUACCAGGAAGAAACAAAGGUUAUCCAACAACUGCCAAUCAUUCAGAUACAAGUUGCAUCUCUCUCCGAGCCCAACCAGCAUUGUCCCUAUGAUCCCAGUAAUUAUCGUUCCUUUUCCAAAGUUGAACGCUCAUGCUGCAGCUUCUGCGGGAUGCGACCACCAAAGUCACCUUUUAGCGUAUCAUGCGAUGAAAGUCGAUCCGAAAGCGCACAUUCUCAUAUGAGACCAGCUUUGGGGAAGAGAACGGACCUUACGGCCAGGAGAGAAGUAACGAUUCAAAAUGCGUCUCUUCCGCAGCACAGUUCUUCAUCCGAAGAGGGCCCGCGUCUAGUGCCUCCAGAAAUUGCAGCGAAAAGGAUAGGUAACCCACCAAGGAAAGCAGCGCUACCAAUUCAGCGAUCUGGUGCUGUCAAUGACAGCUUGACACCGCCCUCUGACCAGCGGAGCUCGCAGUCACUAGAGAAUAGAAUUACUGCCGCGCACGCAAAUGUUCCUCGACGGCGGAAAAGUGCUCUUGAGCAGAACGACGAUUACCCUUACGUCCUAAAAAGUGAAGUAUCUCAACACCUAGAUGCUAUACGUGCCGGUGAACCGAGCCCAUUAAUCGACUUUGCCUGCGCUGCUCGUCUCAAAAAGGCUUCAGAUCGGAUGACAGACUUCUCUGAGACGGUUUUCUAUGGUCAGAAAUUCUCGGCAGCUUUCGGCCCUAUUCCAGAGCAACAUUCAUCGCUGCAACCACCACGCAGUACCUUAAUCGUUGAAAGGAGUCUCGACACGGGUGGUCAUGUCGUGAUUGCACGUCCGCGUCCUGAGCAGCAAGCUAGUAUUAAUGCACUGCUGCACAGCGGAGAUAAGUACUCCAGACGCGCCACACAUCUAUCACAGCAAAAUUCACUAGAUUCGAGACCAUCGAGUAAUAAUCGACGUCGAACGAGACAUACAAGUUCGAGAGCAGCACCGACUUCAAACGAUCAGCCAUCGGACUUUCAGGAAGGGCUCAGUGACGAUAUCAUACCAAAAUUACGAGGUGGUUUUGCUACUUGUUACAGGCCUGGUCAUGGCUAUGCCACUGAUUCGGACAACGACGAGAACUUGCCACCAGCGAGGACUCUGAACCUGGCUGAAAUUGCGCGCGCUUCAAGGCAGGCUCAUGGUAUAUCACGUCUCCCCAAGGGAAUUUCGAGACGUGGUGGAAGCCAGGAGACAUCAAGGGUGGGCAAAUCUGCAGCUGGCAGCGGACACGUUACUAAUUUGCUGCCAUCACGCACACCAAGUUUCGCAGCUACCCACUCACAGCCUCGCUCUAUGUUCUUCCAUCUACCAACGUUCGGUCUCACCUCAACACCUGCCCUUCCUACAGUUCCUCCAUCCAAUCGUUCUGCCCCUUUUACAGAUGUUGCUAUUCAACCUAGAACACAAUCACCUAUCGUCAGCCUUAGAGGUGGCACUGGCUCGCCUUCUGCUCUGCGGGGCUAUGAGCGCCUCCCACCAACAUUAUUCUGGCUUGCAGGUGGUCAAGGCAAACCUAUUACCACUGUUAGCUGGAAGACCCAAAGGCCUAAGAAGAGAAUGAACGGAUUGCUUGGUAUGACUCUUCAUGGGCUUGACGCAGGUACCGAAUACAGGGAAAAGGCAAGAACACAAGAUAACGGCAUGAGCACUGGGAUUGGGCAGGAUGUGCCAGUCGUUCCUCAAGCAAGCAAAUCCGUCACGGAAGAGAAGGCGGAGAGUGCGAAGUCAGAAAACACUUAUUCUUCCAGGUCCUGUUCAUCAUUGACGAGCAAUACGAAAAGCCACACUGCACAGUCCUCAAGAUCGAGCAGAUCCGGCAAGGUGCGUCGUGAAGCACAAAGGGAGACACCCUUGGAACCGGCACCUGGGGAAGCAGCUGCUGCUCGAGCGGAGGCAGACCAUAUCCCAACUAGCGCUGCAGCCACAGAAGACCAGCCCGCGAAUGCCCUAAAGGAAGAUGCCCCUCUGGUUGAAGAUUCGCAGAGAGAGCCCAUGGGCGUUGAUCCCCAAGGAGAAACACUGCCUCCUAACGAAAACGUGAAGGAAGGACAAGCGGCGGCAGAAGAAGAUGGCGGGGCGAAUACACAGAGUGGUUGA